AUGUUGGCUCGUUCACUAUCUUUGGGCUGCGCUGAUACGAUCUUGUAUGCUAGUCGUGCUGCAUUGUCAACGUCAAAGCCGACUGGCAAAAGAGUCAAGACCUUCGAAAUCUACCGCUGGAAUCCCGACACGCCAGGAACCAAGCCGCAGCUGAAGGUCUGA